AUGUCUAUUUCCACCCACCCUGUUGUCCCGCCGGUGGCGCUGGAUACAAUCACCCAGCACAUUGGCAACACCCCCCUCGUGCGACUGAAUCGCCUACCUCAAAGCCUUGGUAUCGAAGCCACCGUCUAUGCCAAAUUGGAAUAUUUCAACGCGGGCGGAUCUGUCAAGGAUCGCAUUGCCUUGCGUAUGAUCGAGGAGGCUGAGCGCUCCGGGCGCAUUAAGCCUGGCGACACCUUGAUUGAGCCUACCAGUGGUAACACCGGUAUUGGUUUGGCACUGGUCGGCGCUGUGAAGGGGUAUAAGACCAUCAUUACCCUCCCCGAGAAGAUGUCCGCCGAGAAAGUUUCCGUCCUGCGUGCCCUUAAUGCGACAAUCAUCCGAACCCCCAACGAGGCCGCCUUCGAUUCCCCCGAGUCCCACAUCGGAGUCGCCAAGCGCCUGCAGAAGGAAUUGCCCAACGCUCACAUCCUCGAUCAAUACUGCAACGUGAACAACCCAUUGGCCCACGAACUGGGAACUGCCCAGGAGAUUUGGACCCAGACCAAGGGCGAGAUUAACGCCAUCGUCGCCGGUGCCGGAACCGGUGGUACCAUCACCGGACUGGCACGUGGUCUGAAGAAACACAACUCCAACAUCGAGGUCAUUGCCGCCGAUCCUUUUGGUUCCAUUCUUGCCCUGCCGGAAUCGCUGAAUGAGUCUCGCGUCAACGAGCCCUACAAGGUGGAGGGAAUUGGUUAUGAUUUCAUUCCCGAUGUGUUGGACCAGAAAAUUGUCGAUCGGUGGUACAAGACCGAAGACAGGGAGUCAUUCCAGUACUCGCGCCGUUUGAUCGCCGAGGAGGGUCUGCUGUGUGGUGGUAGCAGUGGAAGCGCCGUGGCAGCUUUGGUCAAGGCUAACCAGGAAAAGAAGUUCUCCAAGGACGAUGUCGUGGUCGUCGUUCUCCCAGACAGUAUCCGCAGCUAUCUUUCCAAAUUUGCUGAUGACGACUGGCUCGUCGCUAAUGACCUUUUCCCCGCUGCCACCCCCGAGACAGCUCUCCCCGAAACCCAAGAGCCAUCUGUCACCAAGGACCCCUUGGCUGGGGCAAAGGUGAGCGCUCUUCGUUUGAAACCGAUAACCACCGUGACCUCCAGUUUCUCUUGUGAAGCCGCCAUCGAGAUCAUGCGUGAGAAGGGCUUCGACCAGCUUCCUGUUCUCGCUCCUUCGGGUCGCAAGCUCGUGGGUCUUCUCACUCUGGGCAAUGUCCUUAGCAGACUGACCCACGGCCGGGUAUCGGGCAAGACCCCCGUUUCGGAGGUGAUGUUUGAUUUCUCGAAGAUCCCCGAGGUUGUCACCGACCCCCGUGACAUGGGCGCCACUACCCAGAAAGUCCAGUCCAAGCGUCGCCAGUUCAUUGAGAUCACCUUGGAUACCCCUCUCAGUGUGUUGAAUCGCUUCUUUGAGUGGAACAGUGCUGCUGUUGUGACCGAGAAGGACGCGAAUGGCAGCAUGAAGCCACUGGCAGUUGUUACCAAGGUGGAUCUCCUCACCUGGUUGCUGCACCAGAACAAGAGCAACGGCAAUUAA